AUGCAGUCUGAUAAAGGCAAAGGUAAAGAAACCCAGCCGUCUUUUCGAGUGACCGCCCUCGCAGGCCCGCCCCGGCUCUCCAUCCACAAUCCCCCUCCGCCCAAAUCUUACGGAAAAACAGAGCCUGCAUGGGUGGAUGCCCUCUCCGGGGGCCCUGCCGACCCUUCUGAUCUUGAAGACCAACAUGACGAGUGGAUGUUUCAACACAUGAGCAGAGUCAAAAGCACCGAUUACUCUAUAGGCUACGGCUCGGAAGCGCAUCACCUCAUCGUGCCAGGAUUGAGCGAAGAUGGGAAGCUAGUCUAUCAGACAUUGCAUUCUAAGCGUAGAAGAAACCGUCAUGAGAUCGGAUACAUGGAUCAUGAACCGUCGCAUCCUUCGUGGUGGGAUGAGCAAAUGAAAAAGUCGACCGAGUGGUUCAUCAAGUUUAGGGAGGAUGGGGGCAUGCAACCCCCAACAGCCGAAGGCGAGGAGAAACGGAUUACAGAUCAAGACGGAAACCUCAUCAAGGACGACGAGCAGGCGCAGAAAGUCUUGUCCAUGUGGUCAUCAAUCGUAAGACCAGACUUUGAAGAUGCGCUGGACAAGAAUAGAAGCAGCCAUUACCGCGGUUACAGCGGUGGCAUUCGCCCCCACGCAACUAUCAUCAGCAAAGAUGAUGUCAGCACUGCACUCACAUCAAAGCCGUAUCACUAUGGUGACAAGCCGGAUCCUGCUCCUAAGACCACGAUCACCCUGAAUGAGAGAUUGCAACCUGAUCUCGAAAACGUAAUAAUUCGGGUCAAAGAAGGAAAUAGUUGGGACCGAGGGAACGGAGCAGCAAGAGGUAGCUCACACGUCCUCAUCCGUACCGAGUACUCCCCUUCAUUCAUUCCAAGCACAUCAUCGGUCCUGGCCUACCCUGCUAACCUUGAAGAUCUGGACAAACUGUCUACGGAAGCACGAUCACUGUGCGAUGGGACCGACGAGGAAGCCACCGCGUACAUGCAGCAAACAAUCAAGAACGCCGGGAAGGCUUUCGAUCUGUUCGACAAAGAUCGCAAUCACUCGACAAUAAUCGAGAAAAGUAUCUUCCCUUACCACAAUCAAGGUUACCAGGUUGGCAGGCAUGAUUCCGACCGCCGGGCCACAGCACGAUCUAGAUAUGUCUCUGCCUCGGUCUGCCGUACGUUAGACGAACAGCAUAUGAGGAACAGCACCCCAAAUGGAUCUCAUAUACCACCCUACGUCUCUGUGCCUAGCAAGUAUGCUUGGGAUGAAGCCCUCAAGACUGGAUGGAUUGAAGCUAGCAGCUUGCAUGGCCCACCUUAUGCGAUUGACGAUAUUUUGGACGACACCGAGCAGCGCUUGGCUACUCUCACGGAAUCGGGUAGAAGAGAAGAAGGCGAAGCACCUCCUCCAUCUUAUGGCGAUGUCAUUGAACGAAACACGGGUUUUGUCUUGAAUCCAUCAGGCGUCGGAUCCUCCAGCGCUUCGGCUUUCCCAAGCGAACGAAUCAAUCACCCACAACCGAGAGGUGCGAGCAAAAAGGAGCCAGUUGGCUACAAUGAUGAUGACGAUAUUCUCUUGGGACAGCCCACCGCCGCCGCCAACUCGUCUGCUGGUACUAGGCAGGCAUCGCAGUAUGGCGUCUCACACUUGUCGCCUUCAGGCCGCGAAGCUAUCACCAAUAUCACGCGUGUGGGCGGGGAUGAUAGAUCGCCUGGCGGUACUCGACGUCGCAGACGCAGCAGGCUACUUAGCUUUUGUGGGAACAGUGAUGAGAGCUCUAAUGAGUGA